CUACCCUUACCCUGACAAGUCUCACGUUUUUCCCCUACUGUGACCUCAGACUGUCGUCUCAGGCUUAUUUUACUGAAAUUGAAUGGAAUUGAAUGAAAACAGCUGAAAAUCAAAUAAAAAAUCGGCGAAACUGUACGACGGCUUCACAGCGGAUUCCAGCUAAAUUCGCCGGACGACCACCAGGGAAGUUAAAGAGAAGAAAUGGCUGCAAUUGAAGAGCUGUCCCCGGCUUCAGGCCCGGUGUCUACCCGGCCUCCAGAAGACGAGAUAGACGACGAUGAAGAUGAAGAUCUGGAUGAGACCCUGGUGGAGAGGCUGUGGGGGCUGACAGAGAUGUUUCCUGACACCGUGAGGUCAGCUGCAGAUGUAUCUGUGCAGUGCUCGGUCUCCUUGUUAAAGAAGUUUUACAGCUUCUCCCGAUCUGCAAUCUGGGUGGGCACUACCUCGUUCAUGAUCCUGGUCUUGCCGGUUGUAUUUGAGACAGAGAGACUUCAGUUGGAGCAGCAGCAGCUGCAACAGCAGAGACAGAUCCUAUUAGGACCCAACACUGGAAUGUCUGGUGGGAUGCCGGGGAUGAUGCCUCCUGCACCCGGCAAAGCAUGAAGAGCAAGAUAU